CGGUUUCUCUCGACUACACGACAAAAAUACAACUUGAUCGCGAUAUUUCUAUCCGAAGCCGACUCUCCGAUAAUUGGAAUUGCUUUUAGCCUCGCGAAAACGCUGCUUUAGUCGAUUCACUUACACGCCAAUCGCCAUGCCUCCCAAGAAGACCGAAACGAAGAGCGAGGGCGCCGCCGCCGCGAAGCCCAAGUCGGCCUCUCACCCCUCGUACCAGGAUAUGAUCACCGACGCCAUCAUCGCUCUCAAGGACCGCAACGGCUCUAGCCGCCAGUCGCUCAAGAAAUAUGUCCGCGCCAACCAUGCCAUCAACGUUAGUGAUGCGAUGUUCGACUCUCUCUUCAACAAGGCCCUGAAGGCCGGCGUUGAGAAGGGUGUCUUCGAGCAGCCCAAGGGUCCUUCGGGUGGCACCAAGCUCGCAAGGAAGGCCGCCAAGCCUGCAGCCCCCAAGAAGGCUGCGGCGCCCAAGAAGGAGUCGGCUGCGAAGAAGGAGGGUAAGGAGAAGAAGCCAGCCGCUAAGAAGGCCGCUCCCAAGAAGGAGCCCGCCGCGAAGGAGGCCAAGGAGAAGAAGCCCGCCGCUCCCAAGAAGGAGAAGAAGGCUGCAGCCCCGAAGAAGGCUCAGGCGGCGCCCGCCGUUGUAGAUAAGCCUACUGUUCUGACCAAGACCAAGUCCGGCCGCGUGGCUAAGACAGCCGCCAAGCCUGCCGCGCCCAAGAAGGCGGCUCCCAAGAAGGCUGCGGCGCCGAAGAAGGAGAAGACACCGAAGAAGACAGAGAAGGCGGAAGCGGCAUCGGCAUGAUGCGCUUGCGCUUCCUUCCUGUCAUGACGUCUUUUCCUGUUCUUAUGACGUGUGGGGCUGCUUUUAUCUCGCUCGGCGUUCAUGGUGGGAUUUAGGAGUCAUUUUGGGGGAUAGCAUUGGGCACCGACGCGCUCAUGAGCGAGCGGGGAACACAGUGAUGGUUUUGCACACGAGAUCGCCUCGUGGUCUACGUCUGGAUGCUUGAUCUGCUGGAAGAGGCCUGCUCGGGCCAGCAUACCACCACUUCCUGCACUGGAACGACCUUGCGCCAUUAACCGGCGAGCUGCGCCGUCAUUGCCACGCUACAGGGCGGAACGGUACGCUGUAUAGUAAGACAGACUCCUCGGAGAGCGGAUGGGCGUUGGGGUCAGGCACGGGC